CUAGUGAGCUGGGAGUGAUGGUACAUGAGGUCCCAUCAACCAACCCAGACACAGCACAGCCAGACUUGAGAGUCAAGGCAAGAUGUCAUGUUUUCUGCCCAAACGCAAGAGCAGAAGCCACCAGAAGGGCCCCACUCAGUGCAAAUGUGGGGGAGCGCGCAAGUGGCUCAACUGCCAAUGGAAAAGGGUGACGUCCAUGCUCCACAGAAGCAGGAGAAGGAUGACCAAAGGGGACACACAGGUCACAGAAGGGGACACAUCAGGUGGCCUGUACCCCUGUGACACCUUGGGGCAGCUUCCCCCCAACAACAAGGAAGCUGAGCCCCCACUGGAGACAAAUGCGGGACUACCAGGUCCUCAAGACAAUAUGGGGGUCACUGAGGCCCAGAGAAGGCGCCAGCCUCCUCCCAAGCCCCCACGCAGGAACAAGGGAAGAGUAGUCUGGUACUCUGGGUCGUGCCCUUACAGUGACUGGCCCCCUACCCUGAAGGAAAAGGCUCAGAAGGGACCAGGACCCCAGGAGCCUAAAAAGGAGCUGCAACCUAUGACCACAAGGAACACACUGGUCACAGAAGGGGAUUCACCAGGUGGUCUGUGCCCCUGUGACACCUCGGGGCAGCUUCCCCACAACAAUAAGGAAGCUGAGCCCCUGCUGGAGGCAAAAGUGGCCCUGCCAGGUCCCCAAGACAAUAUGGGGGCUGCCAAGGCCCAGGGAAGGCGCCAGCCUCCUCCUCCCAAGCCCCCACGCAGGAACAAGGGAAGAGUAAUCUGGUACUCUGGGUCAUGUCCUUAUAGUGACUGGCCCCCAUCACUGAAGGAAAGGCCUCAGAGGGGACCAGGACUACAGGAGCCUGAAGAGAAACUGCAACCUGUGCCGGAGAUGACUACAGAGGUCAUGCAGGACACAUAA